UCCUUGGUGUGGCAAGCAUCCCAGACAGACACUCCACUGUUAACCAUGGCAGCAGCAAGAGCUCCAGCGGCAUCUCUCCGCUUUGUGUCCCUCAUCAACUUCUUCCUGGUCGUCCUCAGCCACCCGGGACAGUCACACUUGCCGCUGAGUGCAGCAAAUGCUGCUAUGGGUGCUCUGAGCUACGAGGAGUUGACAACCUCCCUCGUGGUCAACCAGCUGGCCAUUGUGCAGAUGAUGCAAAAUGUUUCGGACGCCUCUUGCGCUGUUGCAGAGAUGGGGAGACAGGAGGCGAGGCGGGCGGACGAGGCGGAGGAGCAGGUGGCGAAACUGGAGGCGUUGCAGCAGGCGGUGGAGACGGUGGAGGCAGGACAUGAGCGUCGCCUACAGGAGGUUCUGGAGGCCAUCACCAACCAGAUCAGCACCACCGCCCAGGACACGCUUGCCAGUAUGGCUGAGCUACGGGAGGAGAUUCGGCUCGAGAUGAACAGGUCCCUUGGGGCGCGCGAACCGGAGCAAGAAGCCACACCCACCGAGGCCAUACCUGCUUCCCUUGCUACCAUUGUCCACAACGACACUCAGCCUUCCUUAUGCAGUGGAGCCAAAUUUCUGGUGGGAUUGAUGGGAUCCCUUGAGGUGGUUGAGAAUGGCAGUUAUCCAAGUAAUAUAGCCUGCUCCUGGAACAUUACCCUUCCCGUCAAAGCUCCUCUGAGCCUCACGUGGGAGUACAUCGACAUAGAGCCACAGUCGUCCUGCAGCUUUGACUGGGUGAAGGUGAACGAUCUUAGCAACGGCGGCGCCUCCGUGUUCGGGGCUGGGCUAUGUGGCACCUUGUCUCCCUCGAUGCUCAAGAUGCUGAGUGUGGUGCUGCCCCCCACCAAGAACAUCCUCGUUUCCUUCCGCUCCGACGGCUCCAACGAGGGGGGAGGAUUCAAGCUGAACUACCACGUGCAGACUAAGAGACGCUAACCACGUGGAUCUUGGCGAAAAGACGAAUAAGCUUCCACUCAUGAGGAAGAGAGGAAAGGGUUAAAGUUUCACUACAGUAGAAUGUACUCAUUGGACUUUUAUUUUACGAAAAUUAGAUUAAUCGAGCUAUACAAACUUAUCAGGGAAACAUUUUUUGUUAAAUUCAGUACUUUUAAGUUAUGAUCUAUUUUUUGUUUGAACAAUUAACAACAAUUAGGACAUUUAUAAUAUAAGAAAAGAGCGUCAGUUCGUACCGUAAACAGUAUCUUUUGUUUUAAUUGAUAGUCUUGUUCUCGAGCCCAACGGGACGCCCAGCUAACUCAUGGAUGGGUCAAGUCGACCGAUCCUGCCAGGAGAGAUUUGGGACGGAUAGGGUUGGUACGUGGGAGCUUGCUCGGCGGACCGUCGGGAGUGGAGGCGGCGAGUGAAUGAAGCGACUCGCCCUCGGGCAUAAUUAAGCUCCCUGCUAUUUUUUUUAUAGUAGUAGUAGUAGUAGUAGUAGUAGAUACAGUUCCCUAUACCUAUCUUUUACUUAAGAUAAUACGACCUCUGAUGUAAUGACUUUGUGCGCCCGUCAAUUAGUUUACUAAAAAGAGGGUUUGUGCAGCACGUCCCAGCCCACUGAUACCAACCCACCCCGGCAGCGUUUCGUAAUUCCCGACCGUACCACGCCCUGCUGCUGCCAAGACGACCAUGAUGGCUGAUGGCAAAAGUCUAAAUCUAGGGGCCAUCUUAUAGGAGCUAGAUUUUUUUUUCACGGAUGAAAAUAAAGAUUAAUGUAAAUUUCUAGUAGUAGUUAAAAGAUAUGAGGAGAUAGCACACCACGUAGCCUAACCCUGGAACUUGUUUCCCGGAAGGUAGAGAACUCGAUAGUAUUAAUGAAUGGCUAAAGCUU